AUUGUUGUGUUAUAGAUGAAACUUUUUACGGAAAAAAUUUUAAGCCCUGCCGGACGAAAUUCCAAGAUAUAGUUGGAUUGUGGCACUGGUUUGGACGUCCCGCUGUCAGACUGAUUGUUUUGCUAGGCAAGACUGCACACUUUAUUUGAAAGUCUGCUCAACUCACGAUCAUACAGCAAAUUCCUCACAGCAGGCUUUGAAACCACAGGCACAAGGUGCAGACCGAAAUUUUGCGCCAGUGCUUCAACUGCGGUCGCCCACAGAAGCAGCGGUGUAACAGCUCAAUAGCUCUCCAGACAAACUGCUUUUUUCCUGUUAAAUCCUUAUCGUUUCCUGACCGUUUUUUCACCUCUUAUCAGGAUAUCUACACCGAUCACAAGGCUUGAUUGGUAGUGGACUUGAAGGUUGCACGCAGUUCGUAGGUCUCAAGUUUGUUAUUUGCGUGGACUGAACUGGCCCGUGACGGCAACAACAGCAUGAACAUUCUGUUUCGUAUCGCAGCAGUAUUGUUACUUCUAAGCAUACUCGCAGAGAAGCUUCACGGAAUACGCUGGUUAGCCAUAAAAAUACCGUCAGAUGUUGAAUGGCAGAAAACGAAUUGCAGCAAAGUACACGGCUUCAUUGGCGAGCAGUAUAAAAUUUGUCGAAGAAGCUUGCCCAUCAUGAGAUAUGUCUCUGAGGCUGCGGAGAUGACUAAGACAGAGUGCAAAUCGCAGUUACAGAACAGAAGAUGGAAUUGCACAACCAUCUCACAGGCUCCUUCGUUUUACAACGAUCUCAAGAGAGGAACCAAAGAAUCUGCGUUUGUGUACGCGUUAUCUUCGGCCGCUGUAGUUUAUAGCGUGACUCAAGCCUGUAGUAUUGGACGAUUGAAGGAACAUUGUGGCUGUGGAAGAACGCCGAAGACGAAACUAGAAAAUAAAGACUGGAUUUGGGGCGGGUGCAGUGACAAUAUCGCGUACGGAGUGCGAUUUAGCAAGAAGUUUACGGACGCCGUGGAGAAGAAAAGAAUGGAAGGGCAAGAACCCUCAGCGACCAGCCGAGCCUUGAUGAACAUACAAAAUAACGAAGCGGGAAGAACGGCUGUGAGAGAUAAAUUGGCGAUUAUCUGUAGAUGCCAUGGAGUGUCUGGCUCGUGCCAGAAGAAAACAUGCUUCAGGCGGCUGAGUGAGUUCAAAGAUGUUGCCACGCUUCUCAAGAAAAAGUACGAUAACAUUAUUACUGUCGUUAGCAGGACCAGAGGCCGCCAGAAUCAUUACCUAAGAGCGAAGAGGGGGAAAAAAUACAACAGCCGAGAUCUUAUUGCUUUGCACCCAUCUCCUAAUUACUGCCUCGCGUCCCGAGCCCGGGGGACUUAUGGAACGGUCGGAAGAGAAUGCAAUCCCGCUACCACUGGGAAGGGAAGCUGCGCUUACAUGUGUUGUGGGCGUGGUCAUCGCACGUUUAAACGGGUGAUUGAGGAGCGCUGUGAAUGCGAGUACGUAUGGUGCUGCUAUGUAAGGUGCAAUAAGUGCAAGAGAACUAUUGUUGUCAGCACGUGUAAAUGAGAAGACACUGAACAACUCAAGAGCUUAACCCUGUAAAAAAAAAAAACUGCAACAAUUUAAAAUUAUGGAGUUUUUCAUAGAUCCCGAAAAUAUUUUAGAGGGAUUUAGAUUUAGAAUUCCACAAGCAAGACAAGUGUAAAAAGAGUAGCCUAGAUGAAUUAUAGAGAAUUUGUUUGGUUCACGGAGAUUUUAUGGCACACGAGACCAUAUCUGUUAGCGAGUGUCUCAUCUUCUAAAUAUGCAGGUGAAGAAUGAUUUCUUCACUGAGAGAACAGCAGCUUUGUCUCACAAGCUGCAUUACCCGGAAGAAGGUCCACAGGCCCACCAUCCACGAUCCACCGGUAUUUUGAACUCGAACCACAGGGAUCCGUAGCGUCCGGGGUUUUUUUGUAAGCUGCAUCACGAGUGAUAAUACACCUUAAGGAAAAUAAUUUAACCAAAGAUUGUAAAUGAAGAGUAAAUACACAGAUAUACUUCGCAGAUCGUGCUUCAUGUAGAUGAUAAGCGAUGGGUCCUAACCCAAAACGUGGGCUUCUUUGUUACUACGUAACAUGCAUAGUUUUCCGCGCUUUUUAAAGUCGAUUCUUUACCUUUUAAUUACGAUUAGUAAGUGGCGUAUUCUGGCCUUGCCAGUGAUCCAACAGAGCUGCAGGUAGAGAGGUUAAAUAAGCAUUAUGAGCGAAUGUUAUCCUUUAUUAUCAUAAGGCAAUAAGGUAAAUGCGAGCGUCCUAAUUGGCUCUUACUCGGUCGGUAUGUUGACAUACGCACCGGAAACGGUGCGUAUGGCACGUAUGGUGCGUAGGACGGUUUUGUUCGCGAAAGCCGGCAAAUUCAAAGACUACAUGUUUGGUCCGAGGCCAUUUAAAAAAAGAAUAAUAAUUACCUACCUCGCUUCCUCGAGCCCUACUUGUAAAUAUUGGCCCUCUGUCGUUUUUUUACGGACCUUUCAUCGUUCAGUCCUUACUGUCACGACUUCGGGCCAAUAUUCCCCAGUAUGGCCCUCACGCUCCGUUGGUAGUAAGUUACUAAAGCUCUCGUCAUUAUUUGUCCUUCGAAAUCGCAAUUCAUUACAAAUGAUUCUCUGAUUAAACAAUGAAUCAUCUAGAAACAAGUUUGGUUCCAUCAGGGAAAAGAAACAUGAAGAUUUCACUUUUACAACCAAUAACUGGCACCGAAGUGUGAUCAUUCGAAGUUCAAACAAUAAAUAUCAAGAAGAGAGUAAUAUUUCAGCUGCCACACAUUGAAUAAGGAUGUAAUGGACUGGAUUAUCAUUUCUGGACUGUUCACUCUCGGUGUAAUUUAGUCAGUUUCAUUCUUCUAUUAGCAUUGUAGUGGCUCUUACUUAAAUUUGCUUUAGCGUGAUUGGUCAGGAAAAACUUGUGUCAUUGACUUGACCAAUCAACUGCUAAAUCAGAACCAAUCACAACCUGGUCACGUGGGUUUUCCCGCCGUGAUGUACAUAGACUUCCAAAUUUCAUUGGCUAGUUUUGUGCCUUGCUUUUUCAGUGAUUGGUUCCGAUUUGUGGAGUUCUUUUGAACACCUAAUUACGAGCUCCGUGUUUGAAAUAGCAAAGAGUAAUUGUUAGCAAUGUACGAUGAUAUUAGUGAGAGACAAGUCUUGUUAGUAUUAGCUCACUCAAUUUUAUUAAACUUAUUUAUUGAAAACCAGCUAUUUACUGUACACGCUUAUGAUAGGCACAGGGUUACUUACUAGUAAUAAAGAUGAUAAAUAGUUUCUUCUGAA